CGACGAUUUUUUAUCAAAAGUUGAUGCUGCAAAGAUCAACUUUCCUAUGACCCGUGCGCAUUCACUCUCACGGCGAAUUAGGUGGAACGAACUGAAGAGCUCCGUUGCAUCUCCUAUUCACGUUUUCCGCAACGUCGAGAAUCUCAGAUACCCUGUUAGCUGCAGUUUUCAUUUUACGUGCUUGCGGACUUCAACGGAGAAUGAUAAAACAUUUUCUGAAAAACUAGCAAAUGGUCCACGAUUCGAAGACUUUCUGAAAGAUAAAAAAUAUGAUGGAAAGUUAAAAUUGGAAAAAGGGGAGUCGGGCCGACUGAGGUUACCACCAUGGCUAAAAACGGAGAUACCUAUAGGCAAGAGUUAUAGUAAUUUAAAAGCUCAGUUAAGACAAUUACGUCUAAGCACAGUCUGCGAGGAAGCCAGAUGCCCAAACAUUGGGGAAUGUUGGGGCGGAGGUAGUCAUGGCACAGCAACCGCUACUAUCAUGCUAAUGGGAGAUACGUGCACACGCGGCUGUCGUUUCUGUUCUGUUAAGACUGCACGUGUACCACCGCCGUUGGACGCAGAAGAGCCAGUUAACACUGCUAGCGCAAUAACAGACUGGGGCUUGGACUAUGUUGUUCUAACAUCAGUGGAUCGCGAUGAUCUGAAAGAUGGUGGGGCUAGUCACAUCGCAUCCACUGUUAAGGAACUCAAAAAGAGGAGUAAUAUUCUGGUGGAGUGUCUAGUACCAGAUUUUAGGGGGAACGAGGACUGCGUUGCCACGAUCGUAAAUUCCAAUCUGGACGUGUACGCACAUAAUAUCGAAACUGUGGAGAGACUAACUCCCUUCGUUCGAGAUAGACGUGCUCAGUACAGGCAAUCACUGGCAGUGUUGAAAGCAGCUAAGAAGCUCAAUCCGAAGUUAAUCACGAAAUCGUCGAUAAUGUUAGGCCUGGGUGAGACCGACGAGGAAGUCGAGCAGACUAUGCGGGACUUGAGGGACGUUGGUGUGGACGCUCUGACAUUGGGACAGUACAUGCAGCCCACCAAGAGACACUUGAAAGUCAUCGAAUACGUAACGCCUGAGAAAUUUAAAGCGUGGGAAAACCUGGGAAAUGAAUUAGGUUUCCUGUACACUGCUAGCGGUCCGUUAGUGCGAUCAUCGUACAAAGCUGGCGAAUAUUUCUUGACAAAUAUAUUAAAGCAACGGAAGAAGAGUCAGCGGAUCGACGACCAGUCGUCUCUUGAAACGCGAACCAAAGAUAUUGUGUAAAUAACUAGAGUUUAGUCGAAUGGAAUAUAAUAGAAUUACAAUUAAUUGCAAUGGGAAAUUAUUAUACGCAUGUGCGUAAUAAUUUGAAAAACUGGAUUUGUGAAGAAGUUUUGUAUCGCAAGUUGCUUGCGAGAGAUGAUAAAUAGGCAGACUAUAAAUUCAAAUACUCCUUCUUAUCCGACUAUAAAUGUUGCGUGGUUUUAUUUGCCGUUGUUAGAAAACUGACAUAUUUUAAUAAUGAAAUGCAGCUUUAAUGCAGUUUUAUACGUAAUUUGUAUGCAAUAAAGUUUACGUUAUACUA